AUGAUUACAAGAUAACAACAAAGAGAACUUCAAAUUAAUAAAUUAAUCAUAAAAUAAAAACAAAAAUCAAGUUAAUCAUCCACUGAUACUACUCCAUCAUCUGAAUUGCAAGAAAAUUCCUUACUUGAAAUGCUAGAAUUUCUCUAUGUUGGAAACAAAUAGUCAGUUGAAAAAGAUGAUCAAGAAUCUUCCUAAGAUCCUCAGAUUAAAAGAAUUGAAGAUUAUAAUAAAUAAUACUAUAAUGAUAACCUACACAAUUUAAUAGAUGAUUAGAACGUCUUUAGUCAAUGUCUAGCUAAUCAUAGAAUAAGAGAAUGGGCAAGAGGUAAAAUGAUUGAUUGGAUGAUUGAAGUGUUUGCAUCCAACAAUAAUGAAUACUCAAAUAAUGAUCUUACUUUUUUUAGAGCUGUCAGCUUAUUGGAUGCAUACUUGAGAAGCUCCUAUAAUUUAAAUGAAUCAGAUAUGUAUUUAAUUGGAGUAACUUGUAUAUUAAUCGCAUCAAAAAUUGAGGAUAUUUAUCAACUUUCCAUUAAAACAAUUAUUUAAGAUCUUUCCCAUAAUAACUUCUCCUUGUUUUAAAUCAAGUAAUAGGAAUCGAUAAUCCUUGAAACAUUAAAUUUUGAUACUUGUUUUCCUACUGUAAAUGACUAUCUACAAUAUUUAUGCUUCUAAUUAUUUGGAUAAUCAAAAAACCAAGCAUUUUAAAUAAUUUAAGAAACAGCUUUGUACACACUCAAAAUGUGUUAGCAUGAUUAUGGCAUUAUAUAAUAUCAAUAAUAUUUAUUAGCAGCCAGUGUAAUAGGAUUUACUAUUUUAAACUAUGUUGAAUUGCAUUUUUAAUAAUUACCAAUCAACUUUAAAAAAUAAUUAUUAUAGACUCAUACCCUUUUGAGAAUUGGAUAAUUAGAGUUAGCAGAUUAUGUGGAAUGUAUACAAAAAGUUGAAGAAUUAACUUAAACAUUUCAUAGUAAAUACCCUGAAUAUUUAAAUCUUUAGAGAUUCAAUUGA